UCCUUACACCACAGAACAGAAGUGCGUAUAAAAAUAAAAUGCGCGAGAAAGGAUAGAGUUUGGAUGAGGCGCGUCAAAAUCCUAGCAACUACCGACCACUCUCUUCUUCCAUGGCGCACCCUUCAGUCUGUUCCUUCAUCUCUCACAACGCAGCUCUUCUCAGAGUCUCCUUCUCGCCUUCUCUCCAAAAACGCGCCUUUUUCUCCACUCAUUGCAUCGGCCCUCUCUGUAGAAGAACAACCUCCGCAAGACCAAAUCAUCAUGGGCUUACGCUUCUUCUUGCGAAAAUGGAUCCUUCAUUGUUAUGCAGGAUUUGACAAAAAGACUUACUACAGUCUCCAGUUUGUCAAGGUUUUUGGAACAUGGAAUGAAACGACUUGAGACAGCAAUAGCUGUGUUCAUUAUAUUUGUUCAAGUUGCAUGUCCAGUUCCAUUGUCUGGUUGGGAAUCAUGGGAUGUUUCACCUGCGGAGGCAGUACUUUAUUCCCCAGAGACAAAACUUCCUAGAACAGGUGAAUUGGCUCUGAGAAGAGCUAUCCCAGCAAACACCAGUAUGAAAGCUAUUCAGGAAUCCCUUGAGGACAUUUCAUACUUGCUAAGGAUUCCACAGAGAAAACCAUUCGGAACAAUGGAGGGUAAUGUGAAGAAAGCUCUUAAGAUUGCAACCGAUGAAAAGGAAGCCAUAUUGGGUAGUAUACCCAUUGACUUGAGAGAAAAUGGUUCUGUCUUAUAUGCAUCUCUAAUUGAUGGCAAGGGUGGAUUGCAAAGCCUUAUAGAGUCGAUAAAGGAUAAGGAUCCGGAUAAGGUCUCAGUAGGUCUUGCAUCUUCACUAGAUACUGUUGCACAGUUGGAGUUAUUACAGGCUUCAGGGCUAUCAUUUUUGUUGCCUGAACAGUACUUGAACUAUCCAAGGCUCACAGGAAGAGGAAUGGUCGAAUUCACAGUUGAGAAGGGAGAUGGUUCAUUGUUUUCUCCAGAAUCUGGUGGUGAAGGAAAGAGCAUCACAAAAAUUCAGGUUGUUUUAGACGGGUAUUCAGCACCACUGACAGCAGGAAACUUUGCAAAACUGGUGAUUGAUGGUGCGUAUGAUGGUGUGAAGCUCAACUGUGCCAAUCAAGCAAUUCUUACAGAAAGCAGGUUGGGGAAGGACAUUGGAUAUAGCGUUCCCUUAGAGAUCAUGCCGUCUGGGCAGUUUGAGCCACUAUACAAAACAACUUUGAGUGUGCAGGAUGGGGAGCUUCCUGUGCUUCCGUUAUCAGUUUAUGGUGCAGUUGCCAUGGCACACAGUGAUGUUUCCGAGGAGUACUCAUCACCAAGCCAGUUUUUCUUUUAUCUUUAUGACAAGAGAAAUUCUGGCCUAGGAGGCAUAUCUUUUGAAGAAGGUCAAUUUUCUGUCUUCGGAUAUACCACUGCUGGAAGAGAAAUUCUUUCUCAGAUUAAAACUGGAGAUGUGAUUCGAUCUGCAAAGCUCGUGGAAGGCCAAGAUCGCCUCGUUCUACCAAAAGAGAGUUUGUAAAAUCUCAAUUCACCAUCACACUCCCCUUCCCCUUCCCCUGGAUAGUAGCCAACUUUUCCACUGUACUAAUGAUUUAUGGUAUAAGAUUAAGAGAAAUGACUAUAAAUGGUUUCUGUACUAUUUAUCUCAACUGUAAUAUCAACUGUAUUGCUGUAUGUGAAUUGAAGAAUGCAACUAUAUAUAAUAAUCUUUGCAUUAUUAGUUAAA